AUGGAGAUCGAGAAGAUCUUCAAUGUCAUGGAGUGUCCUCUCGUUCAGAAGGUGAGGUUGGCCACCUACAUGUUGACUGGUGAUGCCCACUUUUUGUGGGAAGGAGCACUUCAAAGGAUGAUUGAUGGAGGGGUACACUUGAAUUGGGACAACUUCAAGAGGGUCUUCCUUGAGAAGUAUUUCCCGGAUCCUGUGAGGAGUCAGAAGGAAGUGGAGUUCCUUGAACUAAAGCAAGGGAAUGACACAGUAGCAGAGUAUGCAGCCAAGUUUGACUCAUUGGUUUGUUACUGCUCCCACUAUCAUGGUGAGGGUGGUGAACGUGCUAAAUGCAUUAAGUUUGUGAAUGGGUUACGUCCCGAAGUGAAGACAGCGAUCAAUUAUCAAGAGAUCUACCAUUUUCCAACCUUAAUGAACAAGUGUCGCAUCUUUGACCGUGACAACUGUGCACGUGCUGCUUUCUACAAGGGAGUUGGAGGUCCUACGCGUGCUGCAAGUUCUGAUGCUUCGAGUAGGAGUAAGCCUUACUCUGCUCCUGCUAGAUUCUAA